AUGUCUUUCUUGCUGCACUCGCGCCCAUUGGGCAUCGGCCUCGGUCUCGGCGCUGCAUUCACAUCUUACUCUCUUCUCACCCCUCGAAGAAAUAUUUACGCUCUGUGUGAUGCAAGUCCUUCGAAUGCAUUCAACUCGUACACACACAAUGCCAAGGUUCCAGUGGUGACACGCAGAGGUGGACUCAACCCCAACGCCGUGCGUCAGAUCUCAAGUGGAAGUAUUGCUGGUAUGUCAUCCCCAACUUCGGAAACUGCAAGGUACUCAUAUAAAUCUGUAGGUGUGCUAGGCGGCAUGGCAGUCUCCCUCUUCUCAAAGCCCUUGACUCUGCUCAUCGGUCUCUUGAUCGUUGGCAUACAGGUAAAUACCCCAUUACCCUUCUGUCUCUCCCUUCUUUCCCAUCUCUUUCUAACACUCCUUUCGCAAUUGCUAAUCCUGACAUCAAAACAGUUUGCAGAGUCUCAACUGGGCAUCAGUCUGAUCCCUUACGGUCGCAUGCAACGCUACUUUACCAGCAUCGAUUUGCGCUCCGCCAUGCAAGAUAACGUAGCCUUCAAGCUGGCCUUUGGCGCUACGUUUGCUUUGACUGGCUUUGCUCAGUUGUAA